GUUGUUCUGGGCGGCUCCAUUCCGCCUCCAGGACGCAGAGAAAGCCGAGAAGCUCACAGUGAAGUAACGCAACGCAAACAUGGCGCCCACUUGCGACGCUACACACCGCUGAGAGUAACGACAACACUGGGGGGGAUUUAUCAGUGCUGAGCGGUUUGGACGAGCAGCAGACGUGUGUGUGAGACGGUGUGACUGGUAUCUGGUCUACAUGUCGGCGCUCUUUCCUAUUAUCGUGUAAACAAGCCGGCACGUCCAGCCAUGAUUGAAGACAAAAGUCAUCGCGUGACGGACUAUUUUGUGGUGGCCGGACUGACGGACAAGUCCACACCACUGGAGCAAGAUCUGUCCGAGACCAAAUCGAGUGGCCCUAAAGCUCCCAUCACUGACCUAGCAGUGAUCAACAAGUCAGCAGGUGAAACAGUGCCAGAGGGUUUUACAUGCAUCGAGAGCACAUACAGUGGCCAACCGGCCAACCUCAACCACGGCAGCCUGAAGAGCCCCGAACUCUUCCUGUGUUACAAGAGAGGCCAUGGAAAACCUCCCUUAAGCGACAUUGGGGUGAUGUAUGAAGGGAAGGACAGGCUGAUCCAGGGCUGUGAGGUGAUCCAGGCCACGCCGUAUGGCCGUUGCGCCAACGUCAACAAUAGCUCAGCUACAUCACAACGCAUCUUCAUCACGUUCCGACGUGCACCUCCCGUCCAGCAUCGCAACUCUCUGGCCGUUACCGACAUUUGUGUGAUAGUCACAAGCAAAGGCGAGACUCCUCCACACACCUUCCUCAAGUUGGACAAGAACCUUAAUUGUGGCGUGUGGGGCUCCAAUGUGUACCUGUGCUACAAAAAGUCAGUCUCUUCUUCCAACUCUAUUGCCUAUAAAGCAGGUCUGAUCUUUCGCUACCCGGAGGAAGAUUAUGAAUCCUUUCCCCUUUCUGAGUCAGUGCCUCUGUUCUGUCUUCCUAUGGGGGCGAAGAUUGAGUGCUGGGCUCCCAACACGGAGUACCCUUCACCUGUAUUCUCUACGUUCGUUCUAACCAAUUCAUCUGGGGAAAAGGUCUAUGGUGCAGCCAUCCAGUUCUACGAGCUCUACCAAGCAGAUAACCUUACUGAGAAGCAGAAGAUCCAACUUGGUCUCCUUACAGCUGUGGAAAAGAAGCCCAUUCCAAAUCGCACAGUCAACACCAACAAGUGCAUCUGUCUUCUGUCUCGCUGGCCCUUCUUCCAAGCUUUCAGAGACUUCCUCCAGUUCAUCUACAAGCUCUCGGUCAAUACCGUCAACCCUCUGCCAAUUGAAAAGCACAUCUCCCAUUUCAUGCACACUGUGCCCUUUCCUUCUCCACAGAGACCCAGAAUACUGGUCCAGCUCUCAGCACAAAACAGCUUAAUACUGUCCCAGCCUGUAUGUACACCGUUACCGCUUAGUGGUGCAGACUAUAGCACUCUGCUAGCUAACCUGGGCCCAGAAAACUGUGUCACACUUCUGCAUUUCAUCCUGCUGGAGAGCAAGAUACUACUGCACUCCCUUAGACCGGCUGUACUGACCGGUGUAGCUGAGGCUGUGGUGGCGAUGAUCUUUCCUUUUCAGUGGCAGUGUCCCUACAUCCCUCUGUGUCCUCUCUCUCUGGCUGGGGUUCUGAAUGCGCCCUGUCCUUUUAUUGUCGGAGUGGACUCCAGAUACUUUGACCUCUAUGAUCCCCCACCAGAUGUGGUUUGCGUGGACCUGGACACCAACACUAUCUACCUGUCUGACGAGAAGAGAAACUCUAGCUGGAAGAAUCUCCCAAAGAAGCCAUGCAAGAGUCUGAUUAACUCGCUGAACAAUCUGCACCACCAGAUUAGUAUUGUGAGACGGACAAGCCCAGCAUGCUCGGCUGUAGAGAUGACCCCGAUGGAAGCUGAUUUCACAUGGCAUAAAAAGAAGACCGCUCUCGAGAUGGAGAUUCAAGAGGCAUUUCUGCGCUUCAUGGCCUCAAUAUUAAAGGGCUAUCGAUACUACCUCAAACCCAUCACCGAGGCACCCUCUGAGAAGGCCACUGCUGCUGACUCCCUCUACGAUCUGCAGGGGUUUUUAAAAAGUCGGGAUCGUGCUAACCAGAAGUUCUACUCUCAGCUCACCAAGACUCAGUUAUUUAUUCGUUUCAUAGAGGAAUGCACCUUUGUCAGCGAUAAAGAUACUGGCUUGGCUUUUUUUGACUACUGCAUUGAAAAGCUUUUCCUGUCUGAUAAAGGAACAGACAAGGGCACAAAGGUUGAAGGAGAGCUGUCAGAAGACACCAGGCUGGUAGAGCUGGAUGAGUCCCAGAAGAGCGAGCACACUGUCUUUGUCCUGCCCCCAGAGCCCCCAGCCGACGAUGGCUCAGAUCCGCCUCCAAAAUAUUGCUACAAGAGCUUUCCUUGUUUGCGGCUGGAGUUAUUCGAUCGCCCGCUACAGUUGAAGCCAGCACUCUGCAGUAGGGCUGCAGGUGCCAGUGUGUCCAGCAGCCCUGCUCUCCUGGCUAAAAGAACCAAGCAGGAAGUCAAACUGGCCUACAAGAUGGCAAAACGCUACUAUAAGAACCCUCAGCUGUGGGCGAAGUGUCUGUUAAGCCACUGCUAUAGCCUGUGGUUUAUCUGCCUGCCUGCAGGCAUGCGUUUGGCUCAAUCCAAGCCCCAUGCCAUGCAGCAAGCACUUGAUGUCCUGCUCAAGAUGAGGAGCUCUGAGGUGGAGGUGCAGGAUGAGGUGUGUUACCGUGUAGUAAUGCAGCUGUGCGGUCAGUGGGAAAUGCCCGUCAUGGCCGUGCUCGUCUUAAUGGAGAUGAAGAAGGCCGGUGUUGAGGCCAAUGCCAUCACUUAUGGAUACUACAACAAGGCUGUCUUGGAGAGCCCUUGGCCUAGUCGAAAUCGCAGCGGCCGAUUCAUGUGGACUAAACUGCGGAAUGUGGUGCGAGGGGUGGCUCAGUUUAAACAGGCUGUGCGGGAAGAAGUACAGUCAAAAACUACUCCUCCUAUUACAGCAGUAGUGUCUCUGGAUGCAAUAGCUGAUGGUGAGGGGGACAGACUUAGCCACUGCAGUGCUGACAGCUCCAGUGAAGCUAACGGAGAAGAGCACACGCUGUUCUCACGUGGUCUGAUUGUGGGAGACAAAAAUGGGAGUCAGUGUAGUACAGGAGGACAGUCUGACCAAGGUUAUGGUUCUAAGGAUGAGCUCCAUCAGGACGCUACAGAUGCUUUUAAAACUCUAGCAUUUCCUCUCUCUGAUGACAACUUAUCCAGCAAGAGCAAAACAGUAAAGAGUCAACAGAAAGUUGAGGACAUUGCUGGCUCUGUGGAUAGUGCAGUGGCUGUGUCUGAGCUUCCCAGUCCUGCUGAAAUUACACCCCAUCCAGCCAGCAUCGUCAAACAGUCCAACAGCAUUGACACGUCCAUGUGUAGAAAGGACUCAGGUGGGAAACUGUUCACUACUCACAGUAAGACUGAAGAUAUUGCCCUGCCAGAGGAUGAAGGCACUACAAACCCAGACUCGUCCCAAAGCAGCCAGCAGCAGAGGGUCAAAUCUUUUGCAGAGCGCAGCUGCAGUUUCAGUGCAGAGAGUAGAGCUGGCAUGUUGCGAAAGAAGAGCAGUCUGGAGUUGAGUGUGGACAACAUGGGCGCAGACGCCAAAAUCCUCGCUGCUGUUUUUACCGGUGGAAAGACUCCUCCUCCUGCUACAGCCUCAGCUCCAGUCUUUACUGACCUAGGGGUCGCACCUAUUGAGAGAGACGUCGUUGAGGAUAUGGAGUUAAUCCAUUUGGGCGAGAAAACUGAUGAAGGUCAGGGCAAAAAGGAACAGACGGGUGAGGAUGUCCUGUCUAAGGGCAGCACCGAAGUAUUGGGGAGAAGCGUGAGCAACUCUUCCUCAUCCACUAAGGCAGCAGAGAGAGAGGAUGUAGAAAUCGGAGCAGAUCCUCUUUCCUUGCUGGUCUCAGAAAGCGAAGAAGCAGUGUCCAUUCAGAGCCAAGAAUCUGCACGCUUUGUCCCUCCAGUGGUCUCACGAAACCUGGCCGAUGAGAUUGAGAUGUACAUGAACCUGAAGAGCCCAUUAGGAGCUAAGGCCUCUAGCAUGGAACUGAACCAGGAGGCCCAGAGUAAUGUUGAUGAGGUCAAUGUUGACUCUCCUGCCAGUAAGCAGUCUUUGGGAAGAAGGUCUAGCCUCCCUGCAGGCCCAGUAAAGGGCCCAGAUUUACUAGAAACCCCUAAACGCAGCCCUGCUGUCACACGCUCUAAGACUUUUGCAAUCAAGUCCCUGAAGACCCCUAGCGGUGAUGUUCAAAGGUCACCGUCUCUGACUGCACUAGUGAAGUCUUCACAGAGCGGAUCUUUAGGCUCUGUCAUCAACUCCAUCUCCGGCAUCAAAAUGGACGCCUUGCUUUCAGGACCUAAAGUGGAUAUGCUGAAGUCUGGCAUGAAGCAAGCGGCUAACGUAGCCAGUAAAGUAUGGGGGGUCGUGGCCAAUGCCUACUCCUAUUCAGAUGAUGAGGAGGAGCAGAGCCAGCCUGGAGACAGCUUCCCUGCUCGACUGGAAGAGCAGCUAAUGUCUGGAGAUGGAACAGAGAGCACCGUGUCCAGAGGACUCAUGCCCAACCUGGCCUCCAAUGGCCUCACACACAGCAACACCAGUCUGGGCAGCAGCAGCGGGAGCAGUGAAACUGGCCGAGCACAGCACACCGUGUCCAUGACUCCUGGCCGGAUGGCAAGGGGAGCAGACUCAGAGAGGUCUGAGCAGAGCUCCUCUCAUCAUGCCAGCACUUCAAGCAUCUAUCAGAACUGUGCUUUAGAGGUGCUAAUGUCGAGCUGUUCUCAGUGUCGGUCCUGUGAGGUUCUGGUAUACGAUGAAGAGAUCAUGGCAGGUUGGACAGCGGACGACUCCAACUUGAACACAACUUGUCCUUUCUGCAACAAUUCCUUCCUGCCUCUGCUGCACGUGGAGUUCCAUGACCUGCGCCCUCAGUCUGGGUUCUAUGUGCCCAGCACCUCAGGAGACAGUAUCCACAGUGGCAUCACGCAGCCUACACCCUCCAGCUCUGAGGUAAAGAUGGGCAGCCCCAGCGACCCCGCUGACCUCAUCAACUUCUCCGAAUCUCCUGAGAGCAAGGUGGAUAGUGAAGUCUACCAGACCGGCGCACAGAAACUACUCGUGCCAGCACCUGUGAUUUCAGACCCGCUGGGCCUGCUGGAGAGGCAGGCAGAGAAACGUGGCACCUCUCUGACUCGCAGUAACAGCGUGGGCGGGCCUCUACAGAGCCUGGAUUCUAUCCAGCGGCCCAGUCAUGGAGUGUCCACCACCAGCCUGCCCAAUAGCCUGCAGGAAAUGGUGGAUACGUUGGGUCAGAAGCGUCCCAACCCAAUGCCAGUCUCAGUGCCUUACCUGAGCCCGCUGGUGUUAAGGAAAGAGCUGGAGUCCUUACUAGAAAAUGAGGGAGAUCAGGUUAUCUACACUCAAAAGUUCCUCAGCCAGCACCCUAUCCUCUUCUGGAACCUGAUGUGGUAUUUCCGCCGGAUGAACCUGCCCAGCAUUCUGCCUGGACUAAUACUGACCUCUGAACACUGCAACAAUGGAGUACAGCUGCCUCAGACAUCCCUGCCUCAAGACAGUAAGCAAGUAUAUGUGCAGUUACUGUGGGACAACGUUAACCUCCACCAGGAGCCCACUGAACCUCUCUACCAGCUCUGGAGGAAUUUCUUGAGGCAGAAGGGUUCUUUGGCUCCCACGGACCACCAGGAGAUACGGAACCUCCUCAACAGCAUUGUCAGAAACAUCCAGACCAAUGACGUCUACGGCCCCAUAAACCUGCUCCUUUAUGAGAUCAAGCGACACCCGGAGGUCAAACGGCAGAGGAGUAUAUACAGACAAAUUUUGUUCCUUUCCCUUGUUUCCUUGGGAAGGGACAACAUUGAUGUUGAGGCCUAUGACCGGGAAUAUCAACUAGCCUUUGAAAAGCUGAGUCAAGAGCAGCUGAAAGUGCUCUCUCCUAUUGACCGUCCUCCCUCCAACAGUGUGCAGUGGUGCCUCAAGUGCUUUGGAGCUCCAUUCAUAUGACCUGGAAUCUAAAGAGAAAUCUCAAUUCGCACCAGAAGCCAAGAGCUCACACAUUUGAGACAUGUUGAAGUGCACUCGUUCAUCAUAGCGAGGAGCUUACUGACCCCUACUGUCAGGCCUCUUUCUCGCACCUUUACCCAAACAUGGUACUUUAUCAUUCUCCAGAUUUCAGCUCCAGGCUUAUUACAGUGUUUGGCAACACUAGUAUGUUGCAUAUGGAUAUUUAUUGGUGUAAAUCUUCAUGUCUUGCUAUCAGCACCCGUUUAUGUUUUUUGGACCAGUGGUGGUAAAGAAGAUGGAAAAGUGCUCAGUACCGUAUCACUGUCUUGCAGCCCAAUAGCAUCCAUCCAAAACUACCUGUGGAAGGAGUUCGGUGGAAGAAAAGAUAUUUUCUUGAGACUACGGUCAAUGGUCUUAGAUAAUGUGCACUUUCAAAAUUGCUAUAUUUUUUUCAGUUUUCAUUGUUUGUAUGUAUUUUUUUCUAUGAUGGGAUAUUCAAAAUAGACUGCCUUUACAAAGGGAUCUUGACCCAUUUCUCUAAGUCACUCUUAAAUGCCAAGCCUAUAUUACCAAUGUGGGUCUAGAGUGUUGCAGAGGGAGGAUUAACGUGUGUGUGUGUGAGUGUGUGUGUAUGUGCUUACAUAGCUGUGUGCGUGCAGUUGUAAAAUUAGCUCGUCAUUCGUUAGGAAGACUGUGGCAGCAGACAAUCAGAUUUUGUCAUGAACAAGGAACAUUAAUGAGAUCAGGUUCUGUAAUGAACAGUAAAGUACUUUUACUGGAAGUUAGCUUUUAUGCACCUUUGGACCUUACAUGUACAUUUAAAGAUACUCAUGUUGUGAGUUAAAUAAUGAACGUUGGGAGUAUAACUACUGAAAAGAAAGAAAGAUCCUUUAUUUAUUCAGACAUUCUUGUCUUGAAUAAAGUCAUGAUAUUUUGACAUCAUAAUCCCUUUCCAUGUACAUGUUCUUGAACAGUCCAGAACUAUAUUAUGAAUGUACAAUAUCUCUCAAAUAUCUCUAUUUUUCUCUCUUUUUUUUAUUAUUAUUAUUAACAUUUAAUGCUAUUGCUCAAUACAAAUGCAUUUUCAUUUUCAGUAGAGUCUCAAGUCUUAAGUUUCACGUUGCUCAAAUGUGAGUCUGAGUGACUUCAGUAGGUAACAAUAAUUAGUCCCCUUAUGUAAGAUGAUCAUUCAGUAAAUCUCAGUAGUUCCUAGUGCCUUUUUAGUUCGAGAAGGUAGGUUUUACUACUAAUAAAUUAAUAUAGAGUGCAAUCAGUCUGCCUUAAUUUAUUGAUCCUUAUCUUUUCAUAUCCUUUUUGUGUGAUUAUUUGAAAACUCAUGUAAUGACAAAUAGUGUCCCAUGUUUUUAAUCCUUGUAAUAUAAUCCAGGUUUGUUUGGGGCAAGUUUGAAUCUAUUACAUUGAGCUGUGCAGUGAUGCAUAUGUAUAAAGAUGAAUUGUUAGUAAUCCAGUAACCACUAUUCUUAGCAACAAACAUUUUGAGAAUAACAUGUAAAUUAGUAAUAUCUUUUUCCCAUGAGAAAUUAAUAUUUUGGUUGUGGGGGUUUUGUAGUAUUCAAAUGAAAGCUUAAGAAACAAUCACUUGUUGCAAGAAUGUAAGAAUGAAAAGGCAGUUUGUGUGAAGCGUGUUGAUUUGAAUGUAUUGAAUGUAUUCUUGAAUGCCUAUGGGACAGUGAGAGGACAUGGUUUCUGUUCUAUUGUUUACACAUUUAUUCACUAGUCAGAGCUGGCCUGAGAUCAAACACUGUAAUAUUGCAUCCCUAUGGCCAUAAAUGUAGGUGAGACUGAUCCAGGAUCAGCACAUAUCAAACCAUAUGUAACUUGUCAUGCUAUGUGACGGGUUACAGAUGUGACCUACUUCUGUCCAAAAUCCACAAUAUAACAUUCCAACAUAAAAGAUUCUCAAAGCUCAUUGUAAUAUAUCACAGUGUAUACUAUUUCCUAAUGACAAACACCAACCAACCUGUUUAUGGACAGACUUGUAUUUUUCAAAGCUGAUAGGUAUAUUUACUGCAGUUAAUAUUUUAACUCCUCUCUGUUCAUAUUUGUUUAGCUUUGUCCAGUGUCUGGUUGUGUGCACAAAUGCAAAACUGAUGUUCUUCUGUUAAAUGUAUCCUGGUGGUGAUGUUAAAUAAAACAAACACAAGGAUCAUGUCUGCAUCGAAAUGUCUAGUGGGUGAAUGACACACAAGACUACCUUCUGGGAAAAAAUAAAGAUCCAGGAUCUACAUGAUGACAGACUUGUCUAACCCCUAGUGUCCUGAGAAAUGGACAUGAGUUUGUAAAGCAUUGUUAUUCUCCAAUAAACACUUUUUGUCUUAA